GAUGAAGGGGUUGGUCACAUGCCUCUUGGUCCUCGUUGUGGCUUACCAAUUGGGACACCAGGCUCGAGCCAUCGACUGCACGGCGGUCACUGAGUCACUCGUACAGUGUGUCACUUAUUUGACGGGUGCGGCCGAUCAGCCGGCUGCCGCCUGUUGUUCAGGAAUGAAGCACCUGACCCAAAUAGCGGCCACCGUGGCCGAUAAGAGGGCAGCAUGCGACUGCAUCAAGAAAGAGGCAGAAAGAUUCCACAACAUUAAGGAAGAGGCUGCAACCAAACUCCCCGGUGCAUGUGGUGUGACUAUCUCAGUGCCAAUCUCUCCCAACACCGAUUGCAGCAAGAUCAACUAAGAUGUGGCACAAUAUUACUAAAUAAAGAGAGGACCACCGUUGCCCCCACAAUAAUUUUAGAAGAGGAUGAAGACGCUGCUAUCUCCAUAUUUUUGUGUGUUUGUGGAUUGUAAGAGAGUUCUACGUUCUCGUAGGCUACUCGUGAGGGACCACCUUGAAAAGGGUAUUUGGUCCUCUUUGCAAUAAGUUGUAGUAGUAAAUGAUCUAUAUGAGGCUUAAUAAAAUUAGCUUCAAUGAGU